UCUCCCGGUGUUAAAGUAGUCUGCAUUCCGUUCAUUGCUGUGCGCACCAGAUAUCGGAGGAGUGGGAUCGGGAGGUUUCUGCUCAAACGUUUGAAGCGUCCGUCACAAGUGGGUCCGUACGACGCCCUCGUCAUACAGGCCGACGCCGAGAGCACAGAAUUCUUCCGCAAAAACGACUUCAGCGACGAUAUUAUACUCAACAGUCGCUUCCGGGAGGCGGUGGUCGACGAUACCGGGCGGGAGAUACUUCCGCGGAGUACGGCCUACGGUCGCCGCGAACUUAUGUGUUAUUUGCCGCCAUUUGACGGCCACUACCCACCGAUGCCCGGAACCAAUGAGUGGAACCGAACGGAAGUGAUGAACGCCAUCGACGAUGAGGUGGAGCGAUGGCGGGUCAGGAGUCUGGAGGCCUAUCAGUCCCAGUGGUCGUGUAUCGCGCGACUGCAGCAGGAAAUCGUAAAAUUGCGGUCACUUCUCAAGCGACAGGAGUAUGGGUUCAAUAAAUUGCGAAAAGAAAACCAAAGCCUACAGAAAAUGCUUCUCCAGAGCGAAACUCAGUCUACUUUGGCUUUGAUCGAGGCCUGGAAGAACGAAACGGCUAAUUAUGGCUGAAGUCUUCACAUGACGAUCCAUUCCUAUCGAUUUGAACCUAUAAUUAAAUACAUCAAAGAAUAUAUGAUUGUAAUAUUUAUUAAUAAUUAUUGUAUAAAUCACUUACUCCUUACUUCGAUUCAAUUAAUACAGUAUUACAUCCAUACAUAAUCCUAGUAUAUAACCAUACAAUGUGUAUAAUUAAAGAAUUUAGUGCUCGACUGACUUUUCAUUUCAGAUAAAUUACAUAUCUUU